AUGGGUAAUACUGAUUCUAGAUUAAAUGCGUUGUAUCGUGAGCAUGUCUUUAAAAUAGCAGGUCAUGAGAAUGGAGAUAUUCCUAUAUUUAAAACCGACGAUUCCAAAAAUGUUCGUUUGAAAGACUUGAUUGCACUUUACAACUCAAAUAUAUUAAUUGAUGACACGCAUUUUAAUGAAUUUUAUUUGGAGUUUGUAAUUGCAGGGACAGAACUGAAAUUCUCUUUGUUAAAUGAUAUCAUUAAUAAUGAUGAAUUGAGAGAAAUAAUGAAAAGAAAUGAAAAUAAUUAUUUGAAUUUAAUUAGAUUUACUGCGUUACAAAUUUAUAAUUUAUCAAAUUCAUUAAACGUUCCAUCUAUUGAACUUCUAAAAUUUAGGCUAUCUAGAUUAUUGUGUUGUGUAAGGAUUCUAACAAAGUUGUUACCUUUAUAUUUUGAAUAUGAAAGAGAAAAUAAUAGAUGUUUGAAUGGUGCUGAUAUAUUUUGGUCAAAUGAUGCAAGAGUUCUCUUCGGCCUGGGAUAUGAUGAUGAUGAAGAUAUUAGUGACGAAGAUGAUAACCAAGAAGAUUUACAAAAUGAAAAGAUCGUCAACGAUAAAAAUAUAAUUGAACCGCUUGGUGUAAAUAUUCUUAAGGCAUGUUUGAAACUUUUAUUCAUUGAAGGAUUCACCAUACCAGCAGAUGGUUCACCUGGUUCAGUAUCUUACUUACUUUGGGAAAAUGGUAUUAGUACACAAGAUAGUUUAUAUCAUAAACAAAAUCCAAAAGUUGAUUCUAACAGAUUAGAGAUUAUUAAUUUGUUAUUAUCAUUAUGUUCAGUCGAUUUGUAUGCAAAACAAGCCUCGAAAUCAAAGAAUUACUUUCUCUAUUGCUUUUCUAAUUUAAUGCCAGAGUACGAUAGUAUAUGCCUAAUUGCCUCUAUUAUAAAUGUCACUUGCAGAUUCUGUUCAAAUUAUCAAACUGAAAUGAAUUUACCUUAUAAAGGUGUACCCAUAAAGGUAUCACAACAGCAACAAUAUCCUCAACUAAGAUCGUCAUUCAUAAUGUCAUCUUUGCAAUUAUUGAAUAUUAUAACUUCGAAGUAUUGGAUUGAGAUUGAACAAGAAAUCGUUGAAGAAUUAGUGAAACUGAAAAUUAUCACUGAUUCUUCACAAAUUAAUAACAUUGCAUUAUCAUAUACAUCAACUAUCAAUAAAGAACAUGACCUUAAAUUACUUUUAUCAGCAUUCGCUAGAAUUUUUAAGUACCCUAUUGAUUCAGCAAUUAAAAAUGAAACCUCACCUUUUGGAUCAUUCUCGUCCAAGACACAAAAUAAUGCAUAUAAUAACUAUCAUCCAAAUAAUAAUCCUAAUAUUGUAAAUCAUAAUGGUGAAAAACAAAACAAUAACAAUGGUAAUAACUACAGUAAUAAUGAGAAUAACAAUAAAGCAGCACAAAACGGUAAUAAUUCAUAUAAUAAUAUAAAUAUGGGCCCAAAUACAAGAAAUGUUGGAACGGACAGUGAUUCCAAUAAUAAUAUAGCACCUCUGCCAAUACUACCUCAAAUUUUUAGUGACAUUAUUAUAUUCACGCUAAACCUAAUGAAUAAUAAUAAAAAUUUUGAAAACUAUGUUGCAGACAAAUUAGCAAACAAAUUGGUUUUGUUCUCAAUAUAUUAUGUCAGCUACUACUCACAAAGCAUAGAAAUACAUAGUACAGUAAUUCCAUUGAUCUCUACAUUAUCACUUUAUUUAACUUCUAAGAAGUUAGUUCUAUCAAAGAUGUUAGAAACAUUUACAACUGAUUACUAUACAAACAAAUUGCCAAAUUUUUUUAAAAUUACAUCAAAUGUUAACAUUGAGAAUUUAACCUAUAGAGAUUUUGCUAUUGUACAUUUAUCGAACAUUAUUAUGAACGAUGUUAGAGAUAAUAUUCAACCACGUCCUUGGUGUUACCAAAUGUUAUACAAUCUAAUACAAAUCCCUUCCAAUUUAAGGGAUAAUGAAUUAGUAACACUUUCAGGUAAGCGUAGCAGUAUCAACUCAUCUAAUAACAAUCGUCGUAUUAGUUAUAAUACUUCGACUAUUAUUAUAACACUUUUAGCCAAAUUAUCUUCCAUGAAUUAUCUGUCUACCUAUUCGACUAGCGUUUAUGGAAAAAAUUUUAAAAGCUCUUAUAGAUAUUCCCCUGGUUACAAAAUGGAUCUAUUAUCACUUUUAUUAAGAUCUGUUACAAAUUACAUUAUUCAUUCUUAUGAAGAUGCGGUUAAUUUAGCAUUUGCGUUGUGUAGACAUCAAAGAGUCUUGCUACAACUUCGAGAAACAUUAUUAAUGAUAGGAAAAACAGUAGAUGGAAAUGGAAAUAUUGAUGACCCAAAUAUAAUACAGUUGAAAGACUAUUAUGAUUUUUCAUUAAACCCUCUGUUAUUAAAAACUGGUGUACCCGGGCAUAAACAACCAUCUCUUCUUAAAAGGGCAACUAAUAACAAUUACAAUAAUGGCAAUGGUAUUACCAACAAUACCAAUAACAGAUUAAAAUGGUCAUAUGAAAGUACUAAUACCAACAUUAAUAGUGCAGAAGUGAUAGGGCAAAUGAUACUAUUGGAUAGAAAAUUGAAAAGAGAAUCUUCAAAUGGCCCAGAAACGAACGAAGAUAAUGUUAAUACUAAUUUAAACGCAUAUAAAACUGGGAUCAAUUCAAUCUCCUUUGAUCAAGAAAAUAUAUCAAAUAGAAGUUCUUCUGAAAAUCUGGAUAAUAGUAGCAAUCAAGAUAUGACAAGAACAAGAAGUAAUUCUAUAACCGCCGCCACAAAGGUACGAGAAAUAUUUGAGCAUAUGAAUUAUUAUGAAAAUUUGUCAUUGAAUAAUAGACAAACUUUUGCCUCCCUAGCAGCACCUUUCCCAGUAGACCUUUCAAAUAUUGCUAAGAGUAAACAAUUGGCCAAAAAUAAUUUUAUUAAAAGCUUUGCCUCUUAUUCUUCUUUCAAUUUAUUAGUUAAAAUAAUAAAAAUUUUAGUUAAAAAAUUCCCUACUAUAACAUCCAUCAAAACUUCAGAAUAUUUCAAUUUGCUUCAAAGAAUUGGAAAAUUUGAAGGUGAAUUUUUAACUGAGAUUAAGGUAUUCUUACCGACCUACCAUGAAAAUGUUAAUGAAUUUGUUCCACUAGCAUUAGAUAUAUCCAAUAAGAAUGCAUGUUUAAGGAAAUGGUUUUACAUUUUAUGUUGGGGAGCAAUUUUUGAUACUCACAGUGGUCUAUAUAAUACUUCAGAAAAUACUUUCGAAUCUACCAUCAACGCAGUUUCAUCGUCGACAAGUAUUGAUUCACUUGGAAUUAUUUCUGGUAAAGAUAAUGCAAAUGAAUAUGGAUCCCAUUUGAAUGGUGAAAGAAAAAAUCCAGCAUGUCUUUACAAGACAAACAGUAAUAAUAGUGUGCUUACUAGCUACUUUUCCAAUCAAAGCAAUGAACUUUCUUCCCAAAUGCCAUUGGAUAUAAGUGACAUGCACUCAGCCAGUCCAAAGACUAAAUCGAGCGUUAUUAAGCAUAAAAGAUCUAAUAGUACAAGCAGUAACACUAUACUAUCGAAGUUUUCAUGGAGUAAUUUUACCAAAUCAGAUAAUGAUCAUGAUUCAAUUAUGGAAGAAGAGUAUGAUGAAGAUGAGUCUUCGACCCUUAACAGAAAUCCAGAGUCACAAUUUUAUUUCGAUAUCGGUUUAAUAAAGCCUAAUAUUUGGUCAAGUACUAGAAUUAGAUUAUUCUCUGUUGUUAAAGAAGAGAAAAAAGAAUUUUCAUUUUUAGAUAUGACGUCUUCCAUAUUGAAAAGGUUUAGGUUAGGUAACAAUAAUUCUGUCGAAACUGUCGGAUCACCAAAUGUUGCGAAUGCUGGUGGAUAUCAUACAUUGAAUCGUACUUACAGUGAUUCAAGUAUAAACUCAGGCAAUCAAAGGUCAAGGACGCCAAGGUCUCCUAAAGUUAAUAUUAGCAACUAUUCUUACUUCGGUUCACCUAAACUUUUAUAG